CUAUCCAGCUAUAACACGGCCCUUUUGUGUGGCCGAACAAGUCCGAACCACCGAGUCAGUAGUGAAUGGCGUCCUCCACAUCCCUGCAGCACUUCGCUCCUCCUGCCCGGACCUCCCCGCGGCGCGAAUCCGCGAGGCGGAGGCUGACGGUCACGGCGGCCGUCACCCCUGCAACUGAGGCCGCGACGGCUGGGGUGGCGGAGGAGAGGUUGGAGCCGAGAGUGGAGGAGAGGGAGGGCGGCUACUGGGUGCUGAAGGAGAAGUACCGGGAGGGGAUCAACCCGCAGGAGAAGGUGAAGCUGGCGAAGGAGCCCAUGAGCCUGGUGCUGGAGGACGGCAUCCGCGAGCUGGCCGCCAAGUCGAUGGAGGAGAUCGACGCGACCAAGGUCCACAAGGACGACAUCGACGUCCGCCUCAAGUGGCUCGGCCUCUUCCACCGACGCAAGCACCAGUACGGGCGGUUCAUGAUGCGGCUGAAGCUGCCCAACGGCGUGACCACGAGCGAGCAGACGCGGUACCUGGCGAGCGUGGUGGAGGGCUACGGCGAGGACGGCUGCGCCGACGUGACCACCCGGCAGAACUGGCAGAUCCGGGGCGUCACCCUCCCAGACGUGCCGGCCAUUAUGCAGGGCCUCGGCCGCGUUGGCCUCACCAGCCUCCAGAGCGGCAUGGACAAUGUGCGCAACCCCGUCGGAAACCCCCUUGCCGGCAUCGACCCCCACGAGAUCGUCGACACCCGCCCCUACACCAACCUGCUCUCCGCCUUCGUCACCGCCAAUUCCCGCGGCAACCCCGCCGUCACCAACUUGCCAAGAAAAUGGAACGUGUGCGUCGUGGGCUCGCAUGAUCUCUACGAGCACCCGCACAUCAAUGACCUCGCCUACAUGCCUGCCAUGAAGGACGGGAGAUUUGGCUUCAACCUGCUGGUGGGCGGAUUCUUUAGCCCCAAGAGAUGCGCAGAGGCUGUGCCGCUCGACGCUUGGGUCCCCUCCGACGACGUCAUCCCCGUCUGCAAAGCCAUCCUGGAGGCUUACAGAGAUCUCGGUACCAGAGGCAACCGGCAGAAGACUCGCAUGAUGUGGCUUAUCGACGAACUCGGCAUAGAAGCGUUCAGAUCGGAAGUGGAGAGAAGGAUGCCGCAGGAGCUGCUGGAGAGGGCAUCCGCAGAGGAACUGGUGCAGAAGGAAUGGGAACGAAGGGAUUACCUCGGCGUCCACCCCCAGAAACAGCCCGGCCUCUCCUUCGUCGGCCUUCACAUCCCGGUGGGCCGGGUGCAGGCGUCCGACAUGUUCGAGCUCGCCCGCCUCGCCGACGAGUACGGCUCCGGCGAGCUCCGCCUCACCGUGGAGCAGAACGUCAUCAUCCCCAACGUCGACGACGCGCGCGUGGAAGCGCUGCUGGACGAGCCGCUGCUGAAGGAGAGGUUCUCCCCGGAGCCCCCCCUGCUGAUGAAAGGGCUGGUGGCAUGCACCGGGAACCAGUUCUGCGGGCAGGCCAUCAUCGAGACGAAGGCGAGGGCGAUGCAGGUGACGGAGGAGGUGGAGAAGAGGGUGUCGUUGGGGCGAGCGGUGAGGAUGCACUGGACCGGCUGCCCGAACACCUGCGGGCAGGUGCAGGUGGCCGACAUCGGCUUCAUGGGGUGUAUGACCAGGGAUGCGGAGGGGAAGGUGUGCGAGGGGGCGGACAUCUACUUGGGUGGGAGAAUCGGGAGCGACUCGCAUCUGGGAGACCUGCACAAGAAGGCGGUGCCGUGCAAGGACUUGGUGCCGGUGGUGGUGGACAUCCUUGUGGAGCACUUCGGCGCCGUCCGCAGGGAGAGGGAAGAGGACGAAGAGGAGGAGCAGCUCGGUGGAAACUGAGAGAUUCAAUAGUUCUUGUAACGCGGAGAUGCUCUGUUAUAUUCCACAGUCACAGAAAACGUUAGUCUCUUCUGAUUCCGCCAUUAGAACAGUAUGUUUUUAUGGCAGAAGCAAAUCGAAACAACCAGAUAAAUGAGAAUAAUCUCUUCUCGUCUUC